AGUGAGGGCUCGGGGCCGCUUGGGACCGAAUCCAAAGGUUCCGCCGGCCCGGCAAGUCAGGACAUGUCCAAGAAGGUUGUCACCAAGAAGGCGCAACCAGCUACCGUGGAGAACGGCAAUCCGCCACCGCCUGCAGCAACCGAUGUCCGAGUUGCCCAGCAGCUGCGCGUGCUGGAAACCGUAGCUGGAAAAGGUGAGGAAGAAGACAAGACGUACUCCCCGCGCACAGAAAUCUUCAUCCGGCAGCUGACCGAUGUGCUCGACUUUUUCGAGUACUCGCGGAGUGACAUUGCCUCUUUAGUGCGGCGAUGCCACCACGAUGAGAACCAAAUUCAGAUAGCUGUGGCGAAUAUCGUCGAGGAUCGUGCGAACCAUGAAAAAGAAGACUGGGGUACGGUAAAGAACAAGAAGCAAGCUAAGGAAGAACGCAAGAUCAAGGAGGAGGAAGCAAAGAAGGAGCAGGAGCGUGUUCAGAAGGAGGAAGAAAAGCAGCGCAAAGAAGCUGAAAGGAAAGCAGCAAAAGAGGCCCGCGAAGCCGAACGUGCCAACAAGCGCGGGGGCAAGGGCGGCAAGAACGGGGCUGAGAUGCAUGGAGCUUCGGCACUUCCUCCGGACCCUGCCAUCCUCUUCGCCGGUACAAAGCCGACGGAGCCCGAAAGCUCCGAGAGCUGGCAGUGGUGGGAAAGCUCUGGCGACAAAUGGGCUGGCAAGAGCUGGGAUUGGCAAGAGUCCUGGCACGGCGAUGAUUGGGGUAGCAAGGCCGAUGCUGGCUGGUGGGGCCAGGGCCAGGGCCAAGCCGAAGGGGCCCAGUGGGAGAAGGCUGGUAGUCGCAAGAAGGGCUACAAGGAGAGAAAGGAUGCUCCUCCUUUGCAGGAGGAGGAAGAGGCAGACGGUGACAUUUGGGACAUGCCAGACACGUCCAUGCAGCCAGAUAGUCAGGGCGGCCUGGACCAGUGGACGCUGGGCCACCUCCCGGGCCACGAGCGGGAGAGUGACAUGCCCAAGGCGAUGCCCAAUGCCCUCACUGUGGAGGCUUUGGAGCGAGAUCACCUUGCGGUCCCAGCACCGGCUCCUACUAUGGCUCCCCAGAUAGCCGCGCCAACCAUGCCGCCGGCGGCAAAGCCUCUGGACCUCCCACCAGCCCCGCAGCAGGAUCUUUCGGCCUUGACCCAGCCUGUUGCAGCCUCUUCCAGCUCGGCGCCUGCCGAAAGGGCAGAGCGAGGUGGAGAGAAAGGCAAAGGCAAGGGAAAGAAAGGCAAAGGAGAUCGGGAAAAAGGCGAGACGGAGAAGGAGCGGCUAGAACGAAUAGAUCGCUCCGAUGACCCACGCCGGCAAGCGGUCGAGCAGGUGGGGGAAGUGGUCACCGUCCGAAAGCACAGCUCCAUGGGCUGCGCGGUGGUGUCCAUGGUAGAUCUCCGGGUGAGACAGGCUAUUGUGGAGGAAGGGAACGAGUGCAUGAUCAAUGGCAUUCGGGUUCAGAUCAAGCCGCACACCAACAAGGAGACCAAGGAGGAGGUAUUGACAGACCUAUUCGUGGCUUGGGGCAGACAGGUGGAAAAGGUGAAUCCGCUGUCAGAGCAGACUAUUGCAAAGUACUUUGACACCAAGCACAAAGAGAUGACCGGACGCUGGAAGGCAGCAGAGGAGGAGAAGCGCGAGGCAGAGGAGAGAGAGCAGCAGCGCCUCCAGGAACAUGCGCGGCAAGAGGCUGUUUUCCGAGAGCGAACAGAACAGCGCAGACGAUACGAGCAAGAGGAAGAGCAGAAACGGCGGCAAGAGGCAGAGCAGCAGAAGUGGAUCAGAGAGCAGUGGAUGCAGCAAGGCGGUGUGGCGCAGAAUCGAAUGGGAGCAGCCGCUGCCACCGCCACCGACCCGUACGCGCAGCUGCAACAACAGCAACAACAGCAGCAGCAACAGCAGCCACAGCAGCAAGCUGCAGCCAUGCAAUGGACCAAUCCCCAACAAUGGAUGCAGGCAAUGGCCUACCAAGCGCAGGGUUGGCAGAUGGCACAGCGAGGCAUGAUGGGAAUGCAGCCGGGCCAGGAAUACGACCUCCGAGCUUACUAUGCGCAGUACAUGGAUCCGCAGCGUGGACAAAACGCAGCUUAUGCGCAGGCCCAAGCCCAAGCCCCACAAGCCGGGUACCAAAAUCAGCAGGCCUUCAACUACAAUGCAUACGCGCGCGGCGAGCGCAUUUGAUCUGAGCCUCUUGGUUGAGGCCUUUAGCUAGAUACCUUCUGUUGAGAAGCUCUAGUUAGGCUGGAGCUCCAAUAGUCGGCGUGAUAUUCGGGCAAACGACAUUGCACUGGUAUCACUUGAAGUUGCCGCACGCUUCUAGCU